AACUCUGGAACAACCCUACAUCCACUAUUUACCCAGAUCUUGAAUACUCGAAACCCAACAUUUACCCAGAACUCUCAAAUCUCUCGAAACCCAACAUUUCCCUUCUUCCUCCUCUUCCUCCCAUGGCAUGACCAAACAUUGGCUCCACUCACCGAUCGCAUGUACCUCACCUGCAAUGCCAGGUGCGCGCAUCGAAAUCGCGAAGAGCCAAAGUCAUCAAAUCCAUCACCAACUAAAAACCACAUAUUCCAGUGCCAUGUCCCGCCAAGCGUUGACCGCAUACCGCCAUGCACUCCGCGCCACCCGUGUUGCUUUCAACGGCGACAAUUUUAUGUUGCUCUCCGCACGGGCCAAAGUAAAGGAGAGCAUAUUGGCCAACCGCAAUCUUUCUGAUGAGCAGGAGACGGCCAAGUCCGUGCAACAUCUCGAUGAGGUGGCAGCUUUUUUGGCCAAGAACAUUGUCCAGGGCGAGAAGCAAGAAAACGACCGCUAUCAUUUGAAGUUUCAUGCGAAAACCGAGCUUGGCAGCAACGACACCAUCAAAGAAAACAGCAAGGCCAACUUGGGCUCUUUGGCCGGAGUUAAGGUGAGAAAGUGUUCAGACAAGUGAAUACCAGAAGGACUCGGUAAUCAGAAGGACUCAGUAAUCAGAAGGACUCAGUAAUCAGAAGGACUUGGUAACAAGAAGGACUUGGUAACCAGAAGGAAUUUGGGAUCAAACGCUGUCUGGUGGUCCUCGUAGACAUGUAUAUAUAAUGAAAAGAAACUAGAUCAUGUGCCGUAGGGUGUAGUUGUUUAUGUGUUGAUGGCCGUUUCUGCUGUGGGCACGUUUGCCUGGAUCUGACAUGGUGACGAUAGCUGGGGUUAGGAAAAUCGCAAGCUGGGGCUUCGUGCCAGGCCAAACGGCUAUACAUGCCUCGUCAAAUGAUAUUUUUCUGCGGAUAAAAGCU